AUGGCUGACAAUCCUUGCGCGAACCCACUACUCCUCUUAUGGAUCAAGGAAUGGCUCGAUGAGGCGCGGGAGCGGAAUUCGAAGGGCGUUAACGUAUACAAGAAGGCAUAUGAUUCAAUGAAGGUUUGCCCUAUCCCGUUCAACCAUCCUUCAGAAGCCCAGCAGCUACACGGAUUUGGUCCGAAGUUAUGUGAUCGUCUAACGGCAAAAUUGCAAACUUAUUGCGAACAAAAUGGGCUUCCUAUGCCGGAAUUACCCCAUCAAACCCGAAAAAGAAACAUAAAAGAUGACAAUGGUGAGACGCAGCCAGCAAAAAGGCCAAAGAAAGUGAAACCUUAUGUACCGGCCCUACGUUCCGGCCCAUAUGGUUUGCUCCUGGGCCUUGCCAAUGUAGAUGAGAAUUCAUCUAUUGGAUUCACCAAACAGCAGCUAAUUGAGCUUGCCCAACCCUAUUGCGAUUCUUCAUAUACGGUUCCUCCGGACCCAUCCAAAUUUUAUACGGCGUGGAAUUCCAUGAAAACUCUAGUACAGAAAGAUCUGGUCUAUGAGCAUGGUCGACCAUCGUCACGAAGAUAUCUGCUCACCGAUGAAGGAUGGGAAAUUGCGCGGAGGAUUAAGAAAACUCUGACAAACGAGGAUUCUACUGAAUUACAAAACGGAUAUGACCAAUCACCACAGCCUUAUCGAGUUGGGCAAAGACACGAGGUCGGAUCACAGCGGGUCGCGGAUAUUUCACCAUUGGAGUCAGGUCCUCCCGUUCGCGGCCAGAGCCCCAAACGGAGAAUAAUUGAUCUAGAUGAUUCGGAUUCCCCAGAGAGUUCGAACUCAGAAAUUCCACGAGUGCCAGUAAACAUCUCCACAGAUAUUGGGAGACAAUCGUCAUUGAAUAGAGGUGUGGCAGACCAAAACGUGGGCUUAUCAAUAUCUGCGCCUGCGCUCACAUUAAUCACGCUCCCACCGGACAGUUUCACUGUCGAACUUGUCCUCGACGUUAGAGAAAUUCGCGCUGUGAAAGAUAGAGAUUACAUUGCUAAUGAACUAACUAAGAAGGGAAUAUCACCUAUCGUACGCUCUCUUGAAGUCGGAGACGUGCUCUGGGUCGCGAAAUGCAAAGACCCAAACUUCCUCGCUCGCCACGGUGAAGAAGGGGACGAAGUCAUGCUUGACUGGAUUGUGGAGCGAAAACGCCUCGACGAUCUGAUCGGCAGCAUCAAAGACGGACGUUUCCAUGAACAGAAAUUCCGACUACGACGUUCAGGGGUGCAGAACGUCAUUUAUUUAAUCGAAGACUUUGCCGACGCGGGUACUGCGGGAACGAAGUAUUAUGAACAUGUCACAUCAGCCAUUGCAUCCACGCAAGUUGUGAAUGGGUACUUCGUCAAACAGACGCGCAAUCUAGAUGAUACGAUCAGGUACCUAGCUCGAAUGACGAAACUGCUGAGGGGAAUGUACACCAGUGCCAGUGGGAAUACCGGUACUACGAAACCAAGCCCCCUUUCAAUCAUCCAAACCAAACACCUCACCUCCUCACAAUCCUAUCUAGACCUCGUCAAACGCCUUCGCUCUCAACAAUCCCAAACUCAAGCACAAGACACUGCCAAGAGACCAACAUUUACAGUCACAUUCUCCGCCUUCUCUUCACUUGCCUCCAAGUCUGAAAUGCUCACGCUCCGCGACAUUUUCUUGAAAAUGCUUAUGUGCACGCGUGGCGUCACGGCUGAUAAGGCGCUGGAAAUCCAGCGACACUGGCGAACACCGCGGGAGUUUGUCGAAGCGUUUGAGGAGGCUCAUCGAGGACGAGGUGGGGAUGUGGCUGCGAUGGAAAAUAUGGUCUUUGAGAAAUUGGGAGGGUUGGUGGGAAGGAAGAAGAUCGGGAAGCUAGUUAGUAAGAAGAUUGCGGAGGUUUGGGGGGUUAAUGGUCAUAGUAACGGUAGCUGGUAUGGAUAG